CCCCACCUCACACCGAGGGGUCAGGAUAAUUCCGUAAAUGCUUCACCCGGUGGUGCAGUUCUGGGAACCGGCCCUUCCCCGCAACAACCGAAGCGGUCGGAUUUAGCAUUAGGAGACUCCACGAGAAUUGCCGUUGUCGUCAUCCGACAGCGCCCCGUGUUAACUAGGAGCUCCAUGGAAUUUCACAAAGCGGCGCUUGCCUCUUUCAACACAAUCCCUUCCAGCUUCUUGUGUGUGCAGGUCAGGUUCCGAAAUAAUCCAAAGGCAUGGCCAAAAACAUCGCCGAGAAAGGCCAACUUGGCGGGCCCCUUGCCAUAUACAACCGAUCGAAGCAGCGAGCAGUAGAUCUGAGCGCGAGCCUGCCCGCAGGCAAGUCGGAGGUGGCAGAAUCCAUCGAGGCUGGUGUUGCAAAGAGCGAUGUGAUCUUCAUCUGCGUUGCCAACGAUGCAGCUGUCACUGACACGGUGGACGCUGUCGUCAAGGCCGACAUCAAGGGCAAGGUGGUUGUAGACUGCUCGACAAUCCACCCGGACACGACCGAGGCGGUCGCCAAGACGAUCACCUCCAAGGGUGCCGACUUUGUGGCAUGCCCCGUCUUCGGCGCACCGCCAAUGGCCGAGGCCGGUGCUCUUGUGCCCGUCCCGGCCGGGCCCAAGUCUGCCGUUGACAGGAUCAAGCCCUACCUCGAGGGUGUCACCUCGCGGGCCAUAAUCGACAUGAGCGGGGAGCCUUACAGCAAAGCCUCACAGCUCAAGCUUCUGGGAAACACGUUCAUCCUCAACAUGGUCGAGCAAGUCGCCGAGGGCCACGUGCUAGCUGAGAAGAGCGGGCUGGGGACACAGUACUCGCACAAGUUCAUCGAGCUGAUGAUGCCCGGCGUGUAUCCCCCUUACUCGAACAGGAUGUUGACCGGUGACUACUGGAAGAGGAAGGAGCCUCUGUUCCACGCUGACCUCGCCAGGAAAGAUGCUGGGCAUGCGUUGAAGAUUGCAAGGGACUCGGGGGUCAAGCUGAGGAAUCUCGAGGUGGCCGAUGCGCAUCUCAGCAUGAUCCAGGAGCACACAGAUAAUGGUGAUAUUGCGGGUAUCUACGGCGCUGUGAGGCAGGAGAACGGGCUGAAGUUUGAGAACGACGCAUAGAUGUUGGCAAACCCGAUGGGUAUGUUAUUCAUGUAUACAGCUUAGGGGUAUGUAGAACGACGGCGAACAGGGUUGAGCAAUGUGUGAUUCCUUACCUUGG